AGCUGCCGGGCGCUGGCGGCUGCAUGGGCGGCUGGCGCAAACACGAGGCGAUUGUUGGUCUGCUUGGUUUCCUUCCUGUAAAAGGAGGUUACGUGAACCGACAAGUGCGAGCAAGGCUGUCACGAAGAGAAUUUUAUUCAGUGUAGUGAUAAUAUAGGUAUUAUACUAGUACUGGGAAUACUACUGUAAGUGUUGAGCCGAACAACGCGAUACAAUGGCCGAAGGAGCUGCUCUGCGUGUACAAACUGCCGUAGACAACAUGGUCAAGGAACUCGACAACUCUUAUCUCCGCAAAAUAUUGGGCAAUGUGCACAGGUGUGCAGUUAAGUGUUGUGACAAUUCCAGCUUGUCAAUGGAUGGUGCUCGCACGUGCAUAAUGAACUGCUCUGAACCUCUUAACAAAGCCCAGAGUAAAGUCGAAGGUGAACUUGGAAACUUUCAGGAACGCAUACGAAUGUGUGUUAUGCAGUGCGAGAAUGACGUGCGGGACCAGACGAGCUCAACGUUAACAGAAGCAGAAGCCUCCAAGUUAAAAGGCCAAUAUGAGUCAUGUGUUGUGACUUGCGCGGACAAACAUAUUGCUCUUUUGCCACAGAUGCAGCGAAGAAUGAAAGAGUUGUUAAGUCAACUUUAGAGGCCAGUGUAUACCGUUGUGUCAAUAGUUUGCACUGACUGAUCCUUGUAUUUCUAGAAUGAGUUAACAUGCCAUGUAGCUCCGCUCAUUGCUUUCUACCAUAAAUGUUUGAUGAAAGAACGA